AUGGCUGAUCACGAGCUUAUUCCUGAUGGAUCGAACGUCCUAUUGAUUUCAUUGAUCCCGUCCGUUAUUUGUUUGCUUCUUGUUCUGGUUCUCGUCGCAUAUAUUGUCUACACCCGACGCGUGACAAGUAGAAAUCGAUGGGUUCAAAAACCAUUCAAGUCCGGUGCUCAUUUACUCGUCCGAGAGAUCAAAGCGUCUCCCGGCGAUGGGAACACUAGUAUCAUACCACUUCCGUCUAGUGCAACACCGAAUGUGAUAACCGACAAGGGUAGAUUUCUCGUCAACCUAAAAGAUUAUCACAGACCCUGGAAUCCGGGGGAUUCUAAGCGCGCAUCUAAUAGUCUCGUUGGUUCAGUUUGUUGCGAAUGUUCCCAGACAGAAUGUGAACAACCAACGACGGAUGCAGCACAUCUGGUGGGUGAUGGAACGAUGAACCGGUUGGUUACUGACAGCCAGUAUCACAGUGCUACACAAGCAUCUAAUCCGUCAGCCACAUCGCAUACUUUAUCCCAUGCACCGUACGAAGGAGACUGGGCAUCAAGUGAAAUCCGUCAGUGUCAUAUCUGUUCCAUGAAAUCAUCCACGAUGGAUGCGACGAGUAAUGUGACUUCUAAUCAGAUCAUUCCGAUAGAUAUACUAAACGGUAAAUCGUACGAAUCACCUGCACAGUCCAGUUUUUAUACCACAUUCCCAUCAAAAUGUUUGACCGGGAAGGAACAGGAUGGUGUAUUUUCUGCAUUGGAUCCUGCCGGGAAUUGGAAUCGAUACGGUUACACACAACCGAUAUCAGAUCCGGAACAAGUACCCAUACGUCAGAACGCAUCACCGAUUAGUCCGAGGGCCCAUGCUAAUCGUAUUCUCAGCCCGGGAAAACACGAUCUCUAUCAGUCCAUAAUCCGUAGCAAUUCACAAUCGAGUACGCGUAACCCUACCAAGCCGAACGAUCAGCAGCCUCGAUCGAGGCUGGCACCACCUCUGUUCAAUUCAACGGAUAAUUUUGUUCGAAGUGUGACCGAACCCUAUCAACCUGCGCAAUCCUUCAAACUGCGAUUCAACAAAAUCCCUGUUGUACGUUAUCCUCACGAAGCGGAUGAGGAUUCGGAAGAGAACAGUCAAUCGACCAAUGAAAAUCGUCCAGUUGAUCCCGAACUUGAUACAAACUCAUUGCUUCGACAAAAUCGCCCUGACCUGUGCCCACCAAUCAAAAUUGAAGACAAAUUGCUGGCAAACAGUCCGUUGGUUGGCGAUGACUCACAAAGAAAUAUUACUCAUUCCCCAACAAAUAAACAAACUCGUUACAACAGUCCUGGUAGUAUUGGUAUCGCCAAUCAGACAAACAACAUUUCCCCAUCUGUAGUCGGCUCAUCCGUUUCACCGGACUAUACGAUUGUUGAAGAAUACAAACCUUCGUCCACAAUAAGCAUGUCCCCAAGACCCUAUCCACGUCUAUUUGCCAACGUGUCAUCUCCCAGUAAGAAUGGAGAUAGUUGCCCUUCGCCAAAACUGACCAAACAGCUGCGUUUUCAAGCCCCAGUUUUGGAACUCCCAGUAACAAUUUAUGACUGUAAGAAUGCCCCACCCAACUACGACAUGUCCACUUCCAUGUGCCGUUCAACAAGACAAUCGUAA